UGGCAUUUUGUCAGCACUUGGGAACUUCCUUGCCCAGAUGAUUGAGAAGAAGCAGAAAAAAGAAAACUCUAAAACUCUAGAUGUCAGCGGGCUUCUCAGAUACGCUGUUUAUGGGCAUGACUGCAGGGGUAUCAUAGCUCACUGCAACCUCAAAAUCCUGGGCUCAAGUGAUCUUUCUGCCUCAGCUUUCUGAGUAAGUAUAGUGCUGUGUAAGUAUAGCACUAUGCCCAGCUAAUUUUUUUUUUUUUUUAUUUUUUGCAGUUUUUGGCUGGGGCUGGGUUUGAAUCCGCCACCUUUGGCCGGUGCCCUAUUCCUUUGAGCACAGGUGCCGCCCCUAGCUAAUUUUUUUUUAACCUUUUGACUGCAGAGCCUCUGAAACAACGUGGAUCGUUCACACCAAAGGAAUAUCUUAUUUGAACAUCCCUAGGUAUUGUUUGCAAUCAAAAGGUUACUACAGAGCAGUGGUUCUCAAUCUUCCUAAUGCCCUGACCCUUUAAUACAGUUCCUGUGGGUAGCGACCCAUAGGUUGAGAACCUUUCCUAUAGAGGGUGUCCAAAAAAAAUGUAUACACAUUUUAAGAAAGGGAAAAAUUGUAUUAAAAUUAUAAUACUCAAGUCACGUUUGACUUUUGCAAUUACAAGAGGUGAUAAUAUACCGCCUCAGUGCCAGUAGCACAGUGGUUACGGUGCUAGCCACAUACACUGAGAGUGCUGAGUUCAAACCCAUCCCAGGCCAGCUAAACAACAGUGACAACUGCAACAAAAAAUAGCUAGGUGUUUUGGUGGGCGCCUGUAGUCCCAGCUACUUGGGAGGCUGAGGCAAGAGAAUUACCGAAGCCCAAGAGUUUGAGGUUGCUGUGAGCUAGGAUGUCACAGCACUCUACCAAGGGCGACAUAGUGAGACUGUCUCAAAAAAAAAAAGAAGAGAGAUAAAGUAUACAAGAUAAUAAACGUUAUUGGCAUAUAUUUGGCACCCUCGAAUCCUCUGUAUUUUGUAGAGACAGGCCUCUCAUUGUGUUGUUUUGGCUGGUCUCAAACUCCUGGCUUCAAGUGAUCCUCCUGCCUCAGCCUCCCAAAGUGCUAGGAUUAUAGGCAUGAGCCACUACCUAGUCUCUGUUGUUAUUUUCAUGGUGUAAACAUCCAGAAAAAUAGUAUUCUAAAAAAUGUCCAGUUUCUGAACUACUUUCUGAAUUGCAAAAACACAAUGAUUCAGGCAGCGCCUGUGGCUCAGUCAGUAAGGCGCCGGCCCCAUAUACCGAAAGUGGCGGGUUCAAACCCGGCCCCGGCCAAACUGCAACCAAAAAAUAGCCGGGCGUUGUGGUGGGCGCCUGUAGUCCCAGCUACUCGGGAGGCUGAGGCAAGAGAAUCGCUUAAGCCCAGGAGUUGGAGGUUGCUUUGAGCUGUGUGAGGCCACGGCACUCUACUGAGGGCCAUAAAGUGAGACUCUGUCUCUACAAAAAAACAACAGAAAAAAACACAAUGAUUCAGGCUUUUAACCAAAUCCAUCUUGAACUCUGUGGCCAACAACGAUGUUAGUUUUGGCCACACAACGGUGUUUUGUUUUCGUUUUGAGACAGAGUCUCAAGCUUUUGCCCUGGGUAGACUGCCGUGGCAUCACAGCUCACAGCAACCUCAAACUCUUGGGCUUAAGUGAUUUUCUUGCCUCAGCCUCCCAAGUAGCUAGGACUACAGGUGCCCACCACAGCGCCCAGCUGUCAAGGUCUUGCUGUGUCUCAGGCUGGUCUCAAACCUGUGAGCUCAGGCAAUCCACCCACCUUGGCCUCUAGAGUGCUAGUAUUAUAGGUGUGAACCACUGCGCUCGGCCCUGACCCUCUUCUUAUUAUUGAAUUUUACAUACCAGCAGGUAUGUUAUCCCUGUGGACAAAGUGGGUGGGUUCCAGAUAUACUGUAGAAUUAGUACUAGAAAUGGAGAUCAGUGUGUAGCACCCGGUUUUACCCUUGCCAAUUACCCCAGAGUUUGAUAAAUGCUCUAAAACCAGGGACGUUACCAUUUGUUCAUUACUGACCACCCACUCAGGGCCAGGCUCUGUUCUGGUCACUGUGGACACAGCAGUAAACAGACAGACACUACUUUCCUAUGGGUUCUGCCUCCUAGGGAGAAGAGGGCCCUUUCUAACCAAGAGACUGAGAUAAUGACAGUGCUCUGCAGAAAAUGGAUCAGGGCCUGGAAUGUGACACAGCACAGAGGCAUGCGUAAGCCAGACAACUAGGAAGGGCCUGUUCAAGCUGACCACUCAAGUGGAGAUGGAGAGACAGCUUUGGGAGCAAAUGAUCCAGGACAGGAAUGCUUUUAGUCUAUUAGAAGCCAAAGAGAAUGCUUGAAGCAGAUUCAAAGAAAAUGUAUUUGUGUAGUCAGAACUUAACAUCAGCGAGGCAGGUGAAGCUGGACCAGAGAAAGACACUAUGGACCAGAGAACCAUAGUGGCUCACACCCUCCUUGGGACCUCAGAUUCUUCUUUACAGGGCCGCUGAGUCACUACUUCUACCUCUUCCUGGAGCAUUGGAUCCCUCCUGAGGUUCCCUUGAUGGGAGUCAAGAGGCUCCUCCUGGACCGCUUCUUCUUUGCACCAGCCUUCCUGUUGUUGUUCUUCCUCGUCAUGAGCUUUCUGGAGGGGCAGGACACGGAGGAUGCGCUGGCCAGGGUGCGGGCCCGCUUCUGGCCUGCGCUUCGCAUGAACUGGAGGGUCUGGACACCCGUGCAAUUUGUCAACAUCAAUUACGUUCCACUGCAGGUUGCCACUGCUCCAGGCAGCCCCAAGGCAAAGCACCCAUUCUGUACUUCCAAGAGCGUGUCAAAGGCUCCGCGCUAUCUUGCCUCCCACUUCCACUGCAUUUGUAAACUGCGGCCACCUCAUUCUUGCCUCAGGACUGCUUCUCCACAGCGGCAUCCGAGCAGCUUCCACGCCUCCCCUUGGCCUUCUGAGGUGUGCACCCUCCCUGCUUCCGUCUCUGCCCUGCCUGGUCGCUGUCCCACUUCUGCCAGGCCUGGAAGGAGCAAAUGAACCGACGCUGA